AUGCAAACACUUUUGGCUCAACAGAGGAAUAACGAAUGGAAUCAACGAAUGAGAAAAGAUUCAAAUGAUUUGAUUAAAGGAUUCUUUCAAAAGAUAUUUGAUUUGAAUGUCAGUCAAAGACAAACAAUCGUUGCACUGCUUGAAGACAAAUGGGUUGACUGUAAACUGACUGUUGCUGGCAAUGGAAACACUGAAGAUAGAGAUCAUAAAACUACAAAAGUUAUCAAAGAAAGUACUGAUAAUAAGACAAAUGAAACAAAAGUUGAGAUCAAAUCUAUACCUGAGAGUGAGUCCAAAAACAGCGAUAAAAUUAGUGAUAAAGUUAAGCCCAAAGAUGAAUCAAAAAAUGUGGAUAAAAAGGAGGCGACAGAGGAUGACAGUGACGAUCAGGAUGUGGAGGGUGUGAGCGAUGAUGAAAGCGAUGAAAACAUCGGAGAAAAGAAAGAGAGUAAAGAAGAAGUGAAAAGUAAAUCCAAUUCAAAUGAACCGCAAAUGAAACCAAAGGCUGAGAAUAAAGUUGACAAACAAGACAUUAAAAGUGAUGACAAAAAGGUUUCGAAGACCACAAAGAGUGCCCAAAAAUCAAAGACCAAAAACAAGAAAAUGAAUAAAAAUUCAAAAACAAAAUCAGAUGAAGAGAGAGUCAUCUUAGAUGUUAAGGAAAAGAAGGAUAAAUUGAAGUCAAAUGACGAGAAAGAAGACAAAAAUGGAGAGAAAUCGGCGGAGAAUUUGAAUGAAAAGAAAGAUGACGUUAAGGAAAAAGACGACAAACAAGACGUUGAAAAGAAAUUGGAGUCAAAAAGUGUGGACAAAGAGAAGGAAGAAUCGGGUGAAAAGAAAAAGAGUGGAAAUGAAUCCCAAAGAGUCUUCUCCUCCUCAUUGAUCUUUUCCUUUGGCUUCCACUCAAACACUUUACUGUUAACAGGACUUAGAGUUGACGUCGAGAUGAUAAUACUCUGCACAUCAGUGGACGGCAUAUCAGACAUAAUCACUGAGGGCUCUGUCUUCAUAGUAAUUUUGCUCUUCUUUCUGACAACUCUUUGCUGUUUUCUCGUCAUUGGUUUAGGUCUUGUGAACACAAAUAUUAAGAUAAACACAAUUACCACCACUAAUAGACUCAAAAUGAUGCCAAUGACUGUGGACGGGAGGUAUGAUUCUAAACCCUCUAUAGAAUGA